AUGUCCUGUUGGCAGCAACUGCUUUUGUUGCUUUGUAUAGCUCUUGUAGUAGCGGAGGAAGCCAACCAAGCUAACGAUUCCAGCAAAGAGAAUGAUUCGUCCAUCGAAUCACUUCCCGUGCCUGCCGCACUACACCGUCAAAAGCGCCAUGAAGUUGAAAUCCAUCGUGUUAUCAAACGUCGCCCAAAGUUACCACCACCACCUCGAGGCCGUAAACCGCGACCACCGCGAAGACCCGGCUCUAAGCCUCGUGUCAAGUACGGGCCUCCAAACGUAAACUAUCCUCCUAUAACUCGCUACGUACCCCAAAACAUAGAUGACCCGUUCAGUUCCGGCUUUGAAACGUCGUUCGUGGACCAUCCAGGAUCCUUUGGAGAGCCACCGGCAGGCUACGGAUCUCCAAUUCAUCCGUCGCCGACCUUUGGGUCACCACCGUUUGCAUACGGACAAACUAUCACAAGCUACGAAGGUUCCUCCUACGGAAAACCCAGCUACGAUGGUUCAUCAGCUUUCGGAAAGCAUAGCUAUCAAGGAGGAUCGUCUUCUUCGUCAUAUGGAAAGCCUAGUUACGAAAUCUCCGACUUUGAUGGAAUUUUUUCAAAGACAACCUUUGGAAAUGGUCCUAGCUCGUUUGAAUCGAAAGUUCCUUCAUUCCUGGAUUCGUCCAGCUUCGAUGGAUUUUCUGGUAGCAAACAUUCACACAAUAUUGGUGGCUACUCUCAUAGCUAUUCACAUUCAAACAACAAGCAGCCGUCGUUCGCAGAUUCUACCUCGAUAAACACGUACACUACACCAUCCGGAAAAGGUAACAUAUACUCUGACAGCUCAUCCUCCUUCGGAGACAUCGGUUCCAAGCACCAACUGCCAUUGGAGACAUACAGGAAAGACCCGUACAAGACACCGGUCACAUCCUACGAGGUACCAUCGAAUCCCAAAUCGAACCUUUUCGAGCCAUCCAAAGACUUCGACACAUCCUAUAAGCGAUCACCGCACAACGGUGGCGUAAGCUCGACACAUUCGACCUCUCAUAGCUCUAUCGGUGCAAGCGAAGAAGAGUACAUACCCAGUCUACCAACACGCUACGAUCAGGAUCAAUUCCACACGCCAACGAAAACCAACCCCAACAAGCCAUCGAUCAACACACUUCAGACCAUUAGUGGGGGAGAUGAUCAUUUCACUUCAUUCACAUCGUACUACGAUGGAGCAUCAGAAUCGCAGAAGGUGCCAGUCAAGAGCAAACAGCCACUUUCCUUCGGUCAAGACUCAUCCGACGAACAGUUUUCUUCAACAAAUAGCGGGAGUAAGCGCAUCAAGAACCGCCGAAAGAAGAAACCUAAAAUUCCAGAUUCAGCGAUCGCUCAUAAUCUAGACACGGACGAUUUGAGAGAUGCAUUUGGAUCAAGUUCCGAUUUCCACCAAGUAGCCAUCGACGCAGACGAAUUUCUCGAUUUUGAGCCUAAGAAACAGAUUAAACAUUCCAAACCCGCGGGCGUAACCUUGCCACGUUCUGAAGAUUCACAUCCAUCUAAUUUUGUACUACUUUCGUCACAAAAUAAACCCACUUCCACCAAGAGCAUUGGAGAGUCCAAUAAGCAACGGUCACCUCCAACGACCCAAGUAACCGCAAGCAAAUCGGUAGAAUAUGAUACGACAAACACAGACUUAAGUUACCUUCAAACCAACCCCUCUAACUUUGGCCAUCGACCAUCCAAACCGAUAGGGCUUGAAGAUCUCAAUAUCCUAUCCAUUCAAAAAUCAAACUCGAAAAGUUACUACGGCGGAUCUAGUCCAGGACAUGGCAGUAGUUUUCAACCAACAAGAAGGAGAGAUAUGCAGCACUACCGUAGCGCUCCGAGCAGCUUAGACUACACGAUGCUCGAUGAAGACGAAGAGGAAAAUUACGACGAAAUUAGUGACAUCGGAACGCGAUCAAGGGGAAAUCGAAAAAAGAAAGACCUAUCAGAUAAAACAAUAGACAUAUAG